UUUAAAUUUCUAAAUUUGAAUCAAAUUUGUCUUAUUUAUUUCAUAAAGUUAGGUUUUCAUCACGUUUUCAUAUAUUUGCAUUGUAUAAACGAAUAACAAUAUUGAAUUAUAAGAUGGUACAGCAAGAAAAAAGUAUAAAUUUGCCAUGGGUUGAAAAGUACCGGCCAAGUACUUUGAAUGAUUUAAUAUCCCAUGAAGGAAUUAUUAGAACGAUAUCAAAAUUCAUCAAAGAAGAUCAAGUACCUCAUUUACUUUUUUAUGGCCCUCCAGGUACAGGAAAAACUAGUACAAUAUUAGCUUGUGCAAGGCAGUUGUACACUCCAGCUCAAUUUCCAUCUAUGGUUUUGGAAUUAAAUGCCUCUGAUGAUAGAGGAAUAGGUAUUGUUCGAGGUCCUAUAUUAACUUUUGCUAGCACCAGAACGAUUUUUAAAAGUGGGUUUAAGUUGAUUAUAUUAGAUGAAGCAGAUGCUAUGACCCUAGAUGCACAGAAUGCAUUAAGAAGGAUUAUAGAAAAGUACACUGAUAAUAUCAGAUUCUGCAUCUUAUCUAAUUAUUUAAAUAAAAUAAUACCAGCAUUGCAAUCACGUUGUACUAGAUUUCGUUUUGGCCCAUUAUCACCUGAACAAAUUUUACCAAGAUUAGAUUACAUUUGUGAGCAGGAAAGUGUUAAAAUCUCAGAUGAUGGAAAACAGGCCCUUCUAAAAUUAGGAAAUGGAGACAUGAGAAAAACCUUGAAUGUGUUGCAAAGUACUUGGUUUGCCUUUAAAGAUGUCACUGAAGACACUGUGUAUACAUGUAUAGGUCACCCUUUAAGAAGUGAUAUAGAAAAUAUAUUAAAUUGGCUGCUCACCGAAGAUACAGAUAUAUGUUAUAAAAAUAUUCAAGAAUUAAAAAAAUUAAAGGGAUUGGCUCUAGCAGAUAUACUAACAGAAGUCCAUAAGUUUGUUCAUAGAAUUGAAUUUCCAUUUGAAGUAAUGGCCAAACUGUUAGAUAAAAUGGCAGAUAUAGAGUAUAGACUUUCACGUGGAGCUAAUGAAAACAUUCAGUUAACUGGUUUAAUAUCAGCAUUUCAAUUGGUUAGAAGUUCCGUCACCAGUGACCAGUGAUUGUAUUUAUAUUCUUAAUUGUGUAAAAUUUAUUUUUUAAGUCCAAUAGGUAUUUUUUUAUUUGAAUAUAUUUUAAUACAUAAAUUUAAAA